CCACGCUUCGUGAACCCACCUCUUCUACCUUUACCAAUACACGAAAUCGAGUCACAACUGCCGAAGGCGAUCGCGCACUCCUUUCACCUCCCAACUCCGCAGAGGCUUGUACGCGCUCAACCCACACGUCGCAAUCGCGCACACGUCGACCACAACCACAUAACCAUAUCCCGACCCGCUCCGCACGCAGCCCGCCAGCCCGCCCACGUCUUCCCCGUGCGCUGGCUCAGACCUAGACGCACGGCCACGCACCGCUUCACCCCCAUCGCAAACACACACUACCGCCGUCAUGCCUAAAGCAGAGAUAGGAAGCACGAAGCACCUGGCCAACCAGAUGAAGUCCAAGGGACUUCAACGGUUGCGCUGGUGGUGCGAACCUUGCCAAAAGCAGUGUCGCGACGCGAACGGCUUCAAAUGUCACGUACAGAGCGAGGGCCACGUCCGGCAGAUGGCUGUCGUCGGCGAGAAUGCCACAAAGUACAUAUCAAAUUACAGUAACGAUUUCCAGCGCGACUUUGUGUCGCUUUUGAGGACGGCGCACGGCGAGAAGUGGAUUGGGGCGAACAAAUUUUACAAUGAAUACAUUCGGGACAAGGAGCACGUCCACAUGAACUCAACGCGCUGGAGUAGUUUGACGGAAUUCACAAAACACCUCGGUCGUAGCGGUAUCGUCAACGUCAAAGAAGACGAGAAGGAUGGGUUGAUGAUCGCAUGGAGGGAUACUAGCGUCGCGGCGACGAAGCGACGAGAGGAGAUAAGGGAACAGGAGCUGGCGGAGGCAAGGAGUGGCGCCGGUGAGGACAGGAUGCUGAAGAAGAUGUCAAAGCGAGCGCAAGAGGAGGCCGACGAGAAGGCACGCAUACUGGAGGCUAGGCGGGCAGCCCAGGCUCAGUCGCAAACGCCAGCCCCUAAGGAUUCCGUGUCACCGCUUGCAGAGGAGAAGACAUCUGCCCCGUCUCCAGAAAAAGCGUCAGAAACACCGACUGAGGAGAAGAAGGAGGAUGCCACUACAGCCGACGAAGCCCCGAAGGAAGAAGUUGCGCCAAUCAAGUUCAGUUUUGGCUUGAAGGCAAAGGUGCCCCCGUCGACGAAGGCUGGUCUCGGGCAAAUGAAGAGCCAGAGUAUCUUCAAGCGCGCGCGUGCAGAGGGUGCGGACAAGCCGAAGAAGAAGGUGAAGCUAUGAGCCGGAAGUAUUGGAUUUGUGAUUCAAUUGCAUAGCAUGCAUAGCGUGGAGUUUAGGUAGUGGCGGAUUCUAGGUCAUUACAUAUAGGCACUUUUAGCCGUCGUUAUAUCACGGGCCACGAUGGUGUGCAUGGAUUCAUCUAACU